GGUUCUGAGCUGUCAGCACAGAGCCUGACACAGGGCUCGAACCCACAAACCACGAGAUCAUGACCUGAGCUGAGGUUGGACGCUUAACUGACUGAGCCACCCAGGCAUCCCUUAUUAUUAUCUUAAAAUUCAACAUUUUAUUUUUUCUGCAUAUAAACAAAUUGCUUGGCUGUUCAUUGCUUCCUGGAUAUUGCUUAUUUUUAAUUCAAUUUGUUUUAUCCUGAAGUAAAUCCCUUAGUAGUUUUUUCAGUAAGUUUUCAUGUAUGGUAUACUCUUAAUCUUUCUCUGAAAUGGGAAUAGCCAUGGGAGGGUCCUACUACCAAACCUUGACAUAUGAGUUGCCGUAAACUUUUCAUCAACGGUUCAAGAUGUAACAUGUUAUACGUAGUCUGGAUGGGAAAUUGGUUGUAAUCUCAUGUGAUCUUCCAGAAUCAUUUCUGUAGUAUGCAUGUAACUUCCCCUUUCAACACCUCCAGAGAAAUGAUACCCAUGGAACCAAGGAACCGAACCAGUGCAUUAGAAUUCAUCCUCCUGGGGCUUUCAGAAACUCCAGAGCAGGAGACCCUCCUCUUCGCUCUGUUCCUCUGCAUGUAUGUGGUCACAGUACUGGGGAACCUGCUCAUCAUCCUGGCCAUCAGCUCAGACUCCCACCUCCACACCCCCAUGUACUUCUUCUUAGCUAACCUAUCUUUGGUUGAUUUCUGCCUGGCCACCAACACAGUCCCCAAGAUGCUGGUGAACAUCCAAAUCAGGAGCAAGUCAAUCUCCUAUGCCUGCUGCCUGACCCAGAUGUACUUUUUCCAUUUCUUUGGCAUCAUGGACAGUGUCCUGAUUGCUGUGAUGGCUUAUGACAGGUUUGUGGCUAUAUGUCACCCCUUACACUAUACCGCCAUCAUGAGCCCAUGCCUCUGUGGCCUGCUAGCAGGUGGCCCAUGGGUGUUUUCCUGCUUCAUCUCCCUCACUCAUAUCCUCCUGAUGGCUCGUCUGGUUUUCUGUGGGAACAAUGAGCUACCUCACUACUUCUGUGACCUCACUCCCCUUCUCAGGCUUUCUUGCACUGACACGUCUGUGAACAAGAUCUUUGUGCUCAUUGUGGCUGGGCUGGUGAUAGCCACACCUUUUAUCUGCAUCCUGGCCUCCUAUGCUCACAUCAUUGUGGCCAUCAUGAAAGUCCCUUCUGCAGAAGGCAGGAAGAAAGCCUUUUCCACCUGCAGCUCCCACCUCUCUGUGGUUGCUCUCUUCUAUGGGACCACCAUCGGGGUCUAUCUGUGUCCCUCCUCUGUCCGCACAGCUGUGAAGGAGAAAGCCUCUGCUGUGAUGUACACUACAGUCACCCCCAUGCUGAACCCCUUUAUCUAUAGCUUGAGGAACAGAGAUCUGAAGGGGGCCCUGAGGAAGCUUGUCAACAGAAAGAUCACUUCAUCUUCCUGACCACAAGGACACCUGGAAACUUCCAGGAAGUAGGAUCUCAACAUCUAGGGUCUUGGACACAAGUAUGGAAUUGCACAGUUUGGGAAAACAGCCACUUUGGAUUUUGAAUUGCAGAACUUUAAAAGGAAAUCUCAAGAUG